UUCCAUCACAUCGCAUCCGCCAUCCUGAUCUUCCCGAGCCUUCGCCUCUCCAAAGACAGAGAGCAACAGUCGGAUCUCCACUGUGGAAUCUACUCAAACCGAAAGGUCGUCAUAGGAGUAGCAGCAUUGCUGGUGAAUCUCAUCAGCACACAUCAGCACCUGAGAAGCACGGACACGGUGGAUAGUAACCAAAUUCGGGCCACAAGGCAGGCAUGAAGCUUCGUCACCUGGUUUGGGCGGCCGCUCUGCUGGCCCAAUCUCUGCUCUCGGAGGGAAAAGGGAAAGACUACUACGGAGCCCUAGGGCUAAAGAAGAAUGCCAAGGAAUCUGCUAUCAAGAAGGCUUACAGGAAACUAGCUCUCAAGUACCACCCUGACAAGAACCAAGACAGGCAGGAGUGGGCUACCAAAAAGUUCGCCGACGUUGCCGAGGCUUACGAAGUCCUGUCGGACGCCGAGAAACGGAGUAUCUACGACCAAUUUGGCGAGGAAGGUCUCAAGCAUGGCGCCGGUGGCGGCGACGGAGGAGCGGGAGGCUUCCCCGGUGGUGGUGGCGGUGGCUUCCACGGAUUCGGCGGGUUUCCUGGCCAAGGAGGCGGUGGCGGAGGACAGAGGUUCCAUUUCGAGGCUGGAGACGCGCACAGAACGUUUGAGCAAUUCUUCGCAACCGGGACCCCCGGAGGCGGUGGGGGCGGCAACAUAUUCGACGAGUUUUUUGGCGGCGGUGGUGGUGGAUUUGGCGGAGGAGGAUUUGGCGGGGGUGGGGGGGGCGGCAGAAGAGGCGCGAAGCCCCCGCAGGACCUCUACCCGAAGGGCUCCAAAGUCGGCAAGCUUUCCGAGAACAAGUUCCCCAAAGCGGGCUCCGCGCACGUCUGGCUGGUCCACUUCUACUCUCCCCAGAGCCGCGAGUGCAGCCAGCUUGCCCCCACAAUGGAAAAGCUAGCAGAGGUGCUUCACGGCGUGGCGAAGGUCGGAGCGAUGGACUGCACAGGGAAGGUGGAGAGCUUCUGCGUCCAGCAAGGGGUUCGAGAGUUCCCCGGCUUAAUGCUCGUCGUCGCCGGCGAGAACACGAAUUUCGAAGGAGUCGCAGACCUGAAGCAGUUGCACGAAUUUGUUCUUGAGGGCUUGCCAUCAGAGCACGUGGCGAAUCUUCGUCGAAGAGACCAGGCCGACUCCUUCCUGCAGUCAGAGUGCCAGGAGGGUUCAGAGUGGGGCUCUUGCGGCAUUCUUUUCACGAACAAGUUCGAGACUUCGUCGGCUCUCAAGGCCCUCGCGUUCCGUUACCGUGGAAGGGUCGCGUUCGGAGAAGUUCGCGGAAAGAACGACGCACUGGCGAAUAGCUUCCACAUCUCUUCGUACCCAAGCCUCGUCUUCUUCUGCGGCGGGGAUGCCGGCGUUUCGUUCCCGUACGAGGGAGAGCUCAAGGCCGAGCCCCUCGAUGCCUUCGUGAAAGGAUUGAGAGACGGCAAGAAGUGCAAGGAUGCCAUUAAAACGAAUGCAGAAGCCCGCGAAAGAGCUGCGGCGUUACGACCGGACGAUGACUUCUCAAAGCUCCGCGUGAAGCAAUUGCGUGAGCUUCUCUUGGCGCACGGCGAUCCCUGCGACGGCUGCGUAGAGAAGCGUGAUUUCGAGCAGAAACUUCGGGAAGCUGUCGUGGCCGCGCAUCGAGCUCGAUGAAGCACGCGAGUCCGCAUUGGUAUUAGCGCCUAGGUAUACUAGUUUUGACAGGUAGUUCGGUGGAGAUAUGGGUGUGGAAGAGUCCUGCUGGAUGUUUUUAUCCCUCACCGGGGAUGAUGGUGUGUUGUUCGUGUCAGAUGGCUUCAAUGUAUUCGUUUUGUGAGCAAGAGAGGUUCGUUGCGUGACCGUUCGACCAGGCCGGACCGAUCCCUGUGAUGCAAUAGACCCACGAAAGUUGUACAAAAUAGUCCUUGAUGAGAAAGGCUUGACUCUGUUCUAUAUUUUUGUGACAAGCCGUGAGCUUGAUUUGGCCCAAAGAAUGUCCCGCAACUUGAGUUGUACCCUGUACUUGGGGAGACUGCACUAGACCCAGAGAGAGCGGUGAAAGAGGACUGCCGGGUUUCGGUCUUGACCGGGUAUUUGCUUGCUUUGCGACGCACCGCUCGUGCGAUAACAGCGAUAGCUUGGUGCCCGCAGUGGCCGAAAAAAUUUAGGCUAGUAGCGUCAUAGGACUCAGAACAGGUUUUUGGCGUCUUACUACCGUUUUCGAUUACUGAAAUGUAUUAUUAGUACC